AUGGACGUAUCGCACUUCUCCUUUUUCGAGCGAUCCACGGCGAAGGAGUUCAUUCUCUUCGCCUGUCGCACGAUUUCGCGCAGCGCGCCGUACAACCAGAGACAGACGCCCCCCUCUUAUCAUCGCCUGUUAUCCCUCAGCUCCUGCACUACACGUGGUGAAUCAGAAGAAGAUGGUGGUGCUGCCGGUAAUGCAUCAGUCAUACCUCACAUGCGCCGAUCCCUGUCGCUCCCGCUACCCUCUCCUUUCCGUUCCCAUCCUCCCAUCCUACAUCCUCCCCCAUUCCUCCCUCGGUGCAGAGUACGUGGUGCACGUGGUGGAUCAGACUGGCCGGGUUGCUGCUCUAGCGGAGCUUCCUCUCGGCCGGGUUACUGUCCCUCAUUAGGAUUGUCGUCCCUCCCUUGCUCCAACUCUCCUACAACCCCUCCUCUCCCAUCCUUCCCCCAUCCUCCCAUCCUUCCCCCAUCCUCCCAUCCUUCCCCCAUCCUCUCAUCCUCCCAUCCUCCCAUCCUUUCCCCAUCCUCCCAUCCUCCCAUCCUCCCAUCCUCCCAUCCUCCAAUCCUCCCAUCCUCCCAUCCUCCCAUCCUCCCAUCCUUCUCCCGUUCUCCCAUCCUCCCAUCCUUCCCCCAUCCUCCCGUCCUCCCAUCCUCCCGUCCUCCCAUCCUCCCAUCCUCCCAUCAUCCCAUCCUUCCAUCCUCCCGUGUACACCCAUCCUCCCCUAAUGUGUCCCCGCUGAGCAGAGUACGUGGUGUAUGUGCUGAACCAGAGCGAGCUGCUGGUGCUCGUGGUGACAGAGCUCCUGGACCCCACUGCUUGUCCUCCCAUCCUCCCAUCCCGCCAUCCUCCCCCAUCUCCUCCCGCUGUGCAGAGUAUGUGGUGUAUGUGCUGAACCAGAGCGGGCUCGUGGUGGCAGAACAGGCGCGGCUCACUGCUAAGCAUCCCUCUUGCUCAAACAACCCUCUCUUCUCCCAUCCUCCCCCAACCCCCCGGUGCAGAGUACGUGGUAUACGUGGUGAACCAGAGCGGGCUCGUGGUGCUUGUGGUACGGGUUGGUUGCCAGUGCUCAUGGUUAGGUGCUUGUCCUCUCUUCCCCUCCCCAUCCUCCCCGGUGCAGAGUACGUGGUGUACGUGGUGAACCAGAGCGGGCUCGUGGUGCUCGUGGUGGCGGACGAGGCGUACCCGCGAGGCAGCGGCUUCGCUGUGUGCAAGAAGGUGGCAGAGGAGUACAUGGGAGCGGAGGGCGACGCGUGGAUGAGCAUACAGCAGGACUACAAGAAGUCUGUGCCGCUGCUUGACAAGCUGCUCGUGCAGGCGCAGGACCCAGCGAACGUGGAUAAGAUUGCCAAGGUGCAGAGCGAAAUUGACGAGACCAAGAGAGCUGUGGUGAGUGCAGUGCCGGGCAGCGGGGGGGGGGCAGGAAGUUGA